GAAGAAGAAAUCAACAUGAUCGAAAAAAUGAAACUUGGGAGUUAGUAGAGAAGCCGAAAGAAAAAGAUGUGAUUGGGUUGAAGUGGAUUUACAAGACGAAAAUGAGUCCUGAUGGUUCGGUUAAAAAAUGCAAGGUAAGAUUGGUGGCAAAAGGGUAUUCUCAACAACCUGGAGUCGACUAUCAUGAGACAUUUGCACCGGUUGCGAGACACGAAACGAUAAAGAUGUUGAUUGCAUUAGUCGCUCACAAAGGAUGGAAACUUUACCAACUUGAUGUGAAAUCUGCAUUCUUGAAUGGAGUAUUGAAAGAAGAGGUGUAUGUGGUACAACCACAAGGCUUCAAUGUUGAAGGAGAAGAAGAAAAAGUAUACAAGUUGAAGAAAGCGUUGUACGGAUUGAAGCAAGCACCUCAUGCUUGGUAUGGAAAUAUCGAUGAGUAUUUCUCUAAGAGAGGAUUUUUCAGGAUUCCUAGAGAGCCGACACUCUACAUCAAGCAUGGUGAAUCCGGUAUGCUCAUAGUCUCUCUUUAUGUUGAUGACUUGAUUUUUACUAGAAAUGAUGAAAACAUGAUUAAUGAGUUCAAAACUGAUAUGGUGAAGAAAUAUGAGAUGAAUGAUUUAGGUUUGUUACAUUACUUCUUGGGUAUUGAGAUUGAUCAAAAUGAUGGAGGUGUAUUUAUUUGUCAAAAUAAGUAUGCCCAAAGCAUUAAUUCAAAAUUUAAAAUGGAAAAUUGUAAUCUCGUGAUGACUCCAUUGGUAGUAAAUGAGAAGUUGGUGAAAGAUGAUGGUAGUGGUGAUGGUGAUGCUGAUGCGGUACAAUAUAGAAGUUUUGUUGGGAGUUUGUUGUACCUUACGAUUACGAGACCCGAUAUCAUGUAUGUUACGGGUUUAUUAUCUCGGUUUAUGCACCGACCAAGUAAAAUUCAUCUUAGAGUUGCAAAGAGAGUGUUGCGAUACAUUAAAGGGACUAUGGAGCAUGGUCUCAUGUUUAAAAAAAAUGAUAGUGAAGAUAUUGAGUUAUUUGGAUUCUGUGAUAGCGAUUGGGCUGGAAGCAUGGAUGACAUGAAGAGUACAUCCGGGUAUUGUUAUUCACUAGGUUCAGGUGUUUUUUCAUGGGCGUCGAAAAAGCAAGAGAGAGUUGCACAUUCCUCCGCCGAAGCCGAAUACGUAUCGGCAAACGAAGCAACCAAACAAGUGGUUUGGCCAAGGAAGAUUUUAGAAGACAUGGGGGAGAAACAAGAUAUGGCUGCAGUUCUCUUUUGCGAUAGAAAAUCGGUAAUUGCUAUGUCAAAAAUGCGGUAUUUCAUAGUCGAACAAAACACAUCAACCUUAAACAUCACUACAUUCGUGAAGCAGUGGAUUAUGAAGAAGUGA